AUGGGUAGAGUAAAAUAUACUGCCCAGAAAAAGAAACCACCAAAACCUUCUGAAAACCAGCCUGCUCCUAAUGCUGAAAUUCCCUUGACCAGCGGCAUGCCUGCUGACCGAGCUAUUGACUUGUACGCCAAAUCGGCGAACAAGAAAAAAUCCCACAAACGCCAGUCUGGGGAAGGCUGCAGCAAUCCCUCUACGAAGAGGUCACAAACAGAAGACCCUCCUGUGCCUACUCCCACAAAGGAGAAAACUCAUCCACCAGCUCCUACCAGAGAGACAACUCUGCCGUUUCCAGUAAAUCAAGAUCCCCCAUCUCCGGUUGGACGGACUCCUUCACCAGCUCCAGCUGACCUUACGCCUCCAGCUUCCACCAUCCAGUAG